GCCGGGGAGGGUGCGAGGCGGCGCCGGCGGCUGCGCUCCGCCCGCCUCUCGGCAACUCUGCCCCAGCGCCGCGCGCCGUGCGCGCCGUCCCGCCGCCGCCACCGCGCCACCGCCGGAGCCCCACGGGGUGCCGUCGCGGGCAGGGUUUUGGCUGGGACGGGGGUCCCCGCCUGGAGUCUGGGGUAUCCCAGGCGCAGCCGAGAGGCGCAGAGUCCGCGGGGGACGCAAAUUGAGCUACAGCUCCCGCCCCCUUGAACGGCGUGGGCCAGCGGGCGGUGGAGCUCCGGGGCGCCCCCGAGGGCAGGGAGCCCCGACUUUCUCCGCGGGAGCCCCGACCCCGCGUGGCGGACCGAGCGGGCGCGCUCCAGUCGCACCGGACCUUGCGCUCAUCCCCCGCGUACCCUACUUCUGUACAAACUUUUCCGACGCCCUCGCCCGUGGGGGGCGCCGAGAGUGCUGGGGCUACCCGCCGGGCUCUCGCCCCGCCGGACCCUAGCCACGCUGACCUCCUGCCUCUCGUAGCCUCAGUGGCGACCUCUCCAGGCCGGGCCGGGCACGGCAUUCGGGGCGAGCGCGGCAACCAUCGGCGCUCUCCGAAAGCUCCCGCGCCCCCCUGGGGCCGCUGGGAAGGGUAAUGCCUUCGGUGAUGGAGAAGCCAAGCGCGGGCUCCGGGAUCCUGUCCCGCAGCCGGGCCAAGACGGCGCCCAACGGCGGACAGCCCCCCUCGGAGGAUGACAGCAGCGAAGAGGAGCACUCUCACGACAGCAUGAUCCGCGUUGGAACCAAUUACCAGGCUGUAAUUCCGGAGUGCAAGCCUGAGAGCCCCGCACGCUACAGCAACAAGGAGCUGAAGGGGAUGCUGGUGUGGUCGCCCAACCACUGUGUGUCAGAUGCCAAGUUGGACAAGUACAUUGCAAUGGCCAAGGAGAAACAUGGCUACAAUAUUGAGCAGGCACUGGGUAUGCUCCUGUGGCAUAAGCACGAUGUGGAGAAGUCGCUGGCUGACCUGGCCAACUUUACCCCUUUCCCUGAUGAGUGGACAGUAGAGGAUAAGGUGCUGUUUGAGCAGGCCUUUGGCUUCCAUGGCAAGUGCUUCCAGCGCAUUCAGCAGAUGCUGCCUGACAAGCUGAUCCCCAGCCUGGUGAAGUACUACUACUCCUGGAAAAAGACUCGCAGCCGGACCAGCGUGAUGGACAGGCAGGCACGACGACUGGGGGGCCGCAAGGACAAAGAAGACAGCGAUGAGCUUGAGGAGGGACGGGGAGCCGUGAGUGAGGGCGAGCCGGAUGCUGGGGACCCCAAGCGAGAGCCUCUGCCCUCUCGGCCCCUGAAUGCCCGCCCAGGCCCUGGAAAGAAGGAGGUCCAGGUAUCCCAGUACCGCCACCACCCGCUGCGGACCCGGCGACGCCCACCCAAGGGCAUGUACCUGAGCCCUGAGGGCCUCACAGCUGUGUCGGGAAGCCCAGACCUUGCCAACCUCACUCUUCGAGGCCUGGACUCCCAGCUUAUCUCCCUCAAGCGCCAGGUGCAAAGCAUGAAGCAGACCAACAGCAGCCUCCGCCAAGCCCUGGAGGGUGGCAUCGACCCACUCCGCCCCCCGGAAGCCAACACCAAGUUCAACUCCCGCUGGACCACGGAUGAGCAGCUUUUGGCUGUACAAGGUGCAGAUAACAUCUGUCUCAGCAUCUAUACCCCGACCAGUCCCCCCUGCGCCACCCCCGCCUCCACCACCCACCUCGCUGUCCCAGCCACCGCCGCUGCUGAGGCCGCCUCUGCCCACCGCUCCCACCCUGCUCCGCCAGCCCCCCCCACUGCAGCAGGGCCGCUUCCUCCAGCCCCGGCUGGCCCCCAACCAGCCCCCUCCGCCCCUCAUCCGCCCCGCUCUGGCUGCCUCCCGCCACAGCACCCGCCCGGGCCCCCAGCCCCCGCCCACCCUGAUCGGAGCCCCUCUGGAGCCCCCAGCGCCCUCACUCUGAGCCCUGAGAUCCUCUACCGACCAGGGGCUCCAGAACUCGUUUGCUGGGCAUCCCCAGCCACCUCCGACUUUGCCGAGGACAGGAGGGAUUAGGGCUCUUGCCAGGUCUUUCAAAGGCGCAGAGCUGCCGAUUGGCACAGCCUGGACAUGUGGGUCCUGCAUGUGUUCCUGACAGCUGAGCCAGGCGCUGGGGCUCACAGCCCUCCGAGCUGGCCUGGGGAUACUCCUUCCGCUUCCUGGCUGGGGCUGGAAUGGCUGCCUCCUGUAGGCCUGGCCUGGCUUCUGGGCCCUGCCCUUUGUGUGUAGGGGGGUAGUGACUGUAGCGCGAGAGGGUUGGGGAGAGGACAGUUUGGAGUGUUAGCUGUUCUCCUUCCUCGUCCCCCUUCUUUUAGCAAUAAGUCUGGGGUGAGAUGGGGAGGGAGGCUUGAGGGGGAGGUGGGCAGAGAGGUUUCUUGGGGCCUGACAGCAGCAGAGGCUGGGGGGAGAGGCUGUUGUCUUCAGGGCUGGAUUGGAAGUGCUGAGGAGCCCCAAGGGUACCCACUGUGCCCACCGCCCAAGCCUGGAGAAAGAGGUUGGGGACUUAUGCA